UAACAAGCGACUUGUGGCCUUAGUGCCAAAUGACACUUCAUUCAACACCAGACGAGCCUACACCAGCGAAGAUGAAGCCUGGAAGUCGUAUUUGGAGAAUCCCCUAACAGCAGCUACCAAGGCUAUGAUGAGCAUAAAUGGUGAUGAGGACAGUGCUGCUGCUCUUGGCCUAUUGUAUGACUAUUAUAAAGUUCCCAGAGAUAAAAGGCUGUUGUCUGUUAACAAAGUGAGUGAUAAUCAAGAAGACCAAGAUAAAAGAAAUUGUCUUAAUACCACGGAAGCUCAGAGUAAUUUAAGUGGGGGAGAGAACCGCGUGCAAGUCCUGAAGACAGUGCCGGUUAACCUUUCCUUGAACCAAGGUCCUUUGGAGUCAUCCAAAAGGGAAUACAACACAAAUGUGUCUGGGAGCUCGACACCCAUCACAGGGACUGGAGUGACUGUGAUUAAAGCAGAGGAGUUCACCCCUGUUUUUAUAACCCCACAAGCACACUAUGCAAGAGGAGAAAACGAGGAGCAGCGAGGGGUUAUCUUUGAACCGUACGAGGUGUCCAACAUUGCUCCCCACACAAAUUAUCUCAAAGAUGACCAGCGCAGUACUCCAGACAGUACAUACAGCGACACCUUCAAAGAUGGAGGAACAGAAAAGUAUCGCAGUGUGUCAGUGGGGGCUGAGGAAUAUAUUUACGAACAAACAAGCAGCACUUUUCAGUAUACGCUAGAAGCUACCAAAUCUCUGCGUCAAAAGCAAGGGGAGGGGCCCAUGACCUACUUGAACAAAGGACAGUUCUACGCCAUCACCCUGAGUGAGACGGGUGACAACAAAUGUUUCCGGCAUCCCAUCAGCAAAGUCAGGAGCGUGGUCAUGGUUGUUUUCAGUGAGGAUAAAAACAGAGACGAACAGCUGAAAUACUGGAAAUACUGGCAUUCUCGACAGCACACAGCUAAACAGAGGGUCCUCGACAUUG